GUAGAAUUUGGAAUUCUCGGGAAAUGUGAGUCAGGACUUCUAGAUAAGAAUGUCACGUAAUCUGCCACUCCCUUGCCAUCCCCAGAUCAGAUGAUAUAAAGAAGAUGUGAAUUUCACUUCUGCUCACAGACUGACUGGUGUGACAUUCAAGACUAAUCAUGAGUAGGAACUUCUUGUCCAAAAACGAUGAGCUUCGCAAGGGAGACUUUCUGAUUUCCAACAACGGGGAGUAUAAGGCUGUCUUCCAGGAUGAUGGUAACUUUGUCAUCUACGGCUGGAAGCCUGUGUGGGCUUCAGACACUUGUGGUUCAGACGUUUUCCGCCUGUGCAUGCAGGCUGACUGCAACCUGGUCAUGUACAACAAGGCUAACGGUCCCAAAUGGCAAACAAACUCCCACAAAUCAGGAGAUUGCAACAUGUGCCGUCUUCAUCUGACCAACGAUGGCAAACUGGUGGUGUACAAGGAAAGUGAUGAAAUUUGGAGCUCUGCUAACUCCAGAGGCAUGAAAUGAUGUCAUGACAUGACAAGCCUGUUGUAAUUGAAUGCUUUGCAAAGGAAAAUCAUCUCUGGAUUACAGCUUGAUUUACAAUAUACA